AUGGCUGCACCACGGUCGUCCCCUCGUACACAGUCUAAAAAUAAAGGGGUUGGGCCUUCAGGCCAAGAAGGAUUUGUUGAUGGCGUGGAUCAUGCACAUAAGGAAACCUGGGACAGUGCAGCCAUAGCAAUCUUCCUAGAGUGCAUCAGGGACGAAAUAUUAGCUGGAUGUCGGGCAACUACAACCAUCAUCAUCGCUGGUUACAAGGAACUUGCAAUCAAAUUCGCUAAGCACACAGGUAGACAUCAAGAAAUGAAACAGUUGAAGAACAAGUACACCAGUUUGAAAAAGGAAUGGCUAGCUUGGAACAAGUUGAUGGACAGCACCAAGGGUGUCACCGGAAUUGGGUUUGAUAGGGAAAUCGGGUUAUUCACAGCGUCCGACGAGUGGUGGGAAAAGCUGAAAUAG